CACCAGCUCCAGAGUGCGAUCUCAUUUCGUUCGAUGAAAACUUACCAACACUCCAGCUGAGAGAAGAAAAUGUACCAGCAGUCGAUCCCGAAAUAGGAUCUAGUUUAGCUAAUAAAACUAUCUUAAUUCAUAAAAAUAUAACAAAUGGGUUUGAAUUUUAUGACGGAAAAAGAAAAUGGUAUGGUGUUAAAGAAGAUUUCUGUACUUUAUCUAAUAAGUACUAUUUUAUUAAAACAGAUCUAAAAGAAAUAACUAUAGAAACCUAUAAAAGAAUUAUCAAAGAAUCAGAAGCUAUUGCAGAAAAAAUAAAUGUACCCAAAAGAAGUGAAAAAGUAGAUGAAAAAGAAAAUGCUUGGUUAGAUUUAGCAACAACAGGUGCUUUAGUAUUUGCUGAAAGAUAUGAAGGAGAAGCUAUUCA